GAGAGCAAGCACAGCCACCUGUCGCUGUGAUCUCGAUCGCAUCUGGUCGGAAACGAUGGGCCGAGGUGACAAGGAUCGCUACAGCAGCCGAGAUGAGCGUGGUAGCAGCAGAGAGCGGGAUGGAGGCGGGCGUGGGGAGAGAGGGUACGGCGGGAGGGAUCGCAGCAACAAGGACGACGACAGGGGGGGGAGAGACAGGGACAGGGACAGGGACAGAGACAGGGACAGUAGCCGAAAGCACGGGAGGCAUGACCGAGACAGUAGCCGUGAUCGCGGGGCGCAGGACCGAGAGGGCGGGAGCAGCAAGAGAAAGGAAUCCCGCAACAAGGUCAACAUGGGCUACGACGACGAUGAGGAGUACGGCGGUGGGGGGGGGUACGGCCGCAACCGGUCGGAAUCGCCUCCCAAGGUUGUGGACGUGGAAAAGAUCAAGCCCAACACGGAGGAGAACAAGGGAGAGAUCAGCAUGUCUGUGGAAGAGACGAACCGUGUGCGCGCCAUGCUGGGGCUGAAGCCGCUGAACGUCGGGGGUAGCGCUUCCGGGAAGCCGACAGAGGAAGAGAUCGCGGUCGAAAACAUGCGGCUGAAGAGAGAGGAGGAGGAGCAGGCCAGGGAGCUCAAGGAGCUAGAAACGCGUUUGCAGAAGGCCAGGACCAAGCGGCAGCUCAACGAAAAGUUAAAGGGGGACACCCUCGGCGAGGUGAAGCCGGGAGACGAGGAGGUGGUUAGCGCUGCUGAUUGGGUGAACCGCAGCAGGAAGAAGGCGGUGGCGAUGGAAGAGGAGCGCUUGUUGGCAAGGCAACGCGAAAGAAUCCUAGAGGAGCAAGAGAUGGAACUUGCCAACGGCGGCGGGGACGGAGACGGGAGAAGGAAGGCGGCGUACGGGGCCGAAAACUUGGCGGGGCUAAAGGUGACGCACGGGGCGGCGUCGUUCGAGGCUGGCGACUCCGUCAUCCUCACCCUGAAGGAUCAGGGGCUGCUGGACGAGGACGAGCACGGGCGUGUGACGGGGCUGAAGGACGAUGAAGACGAGCUGGAGAACGUUCACAUGAAAGAGGCCGAGCGCCGAAAGGAGCUGGACAAGGAAGCUAUUCGCGCGAAGCGAGGCGCUUAUCAGGCCUACGACGACGAAGAGUUUGAGGGCGAGAUCGGGCCCGGCGCUGAGCGGAAGGUGCUUUCCCACUACGAUGAGGCUAAGAAGGAAGGGCCCAGGCUUACCCUCGGCCAGGGCGGUACGGCCCGUGAUGCGGCAGCGGCGGAGGGAGGGGAGGAGGGGGAGAAGAAGAAGGUUUUGGAGAGCCUGAAGGUGGACGUGAAAGACGCCUCGGAGUACUACACGACGGAAGAGAUGGCCAAGUUCAAGAAGCCCAAGAAGAUGCGCAAGAAGAAACUGCGCAAGCGGGAGGAGGCAGGGGCCUCUUCCUCGCUCGGCCUAGAGGCCGCCUUGCACGACUCCAGCAGAAACGGGUCCUCAGGUGCUAACGCCGCCGCCAACGGGGGUCGUAACGCCUCCUCCUCCUCUUCGGGAGGGGGUUCCGCAGCUACGAACGGGGGGGGGGACCACGGGUCGAGGGCGAGCCGGGCGGCCCGCCUAGCGGCCUCUGAAAAGGCGGACAGGGGGGAGGACAAGAGGAAGAGGUUCGACACCGCGCUGGCGAGGGCCGGCGAGAGGGCGAGCGAGAAGCUGGCGGAUAGCUUCGCCAAGCCGCCGCCGCCGCCGCCGCCGCCGCCGCCGCCUCCGCCGGCUGCGGCGGAACCGGAGGCGUUUGCCGAAGAGCUGGACAGCGACCUAGGGGUGUCCUUGGCGAGGGCCAGGAGGCUGGCUCAGAUGAAGGACAAGGCGAAGGCCCGCAAGUCUAGGGACAUCGGGGAGGCCGUUCGUGACGCCAUGGCGCGGAAAAAGGUCAAGACCGAAGCAGCGGAGGAGGGGCCAAAGGCCGAAGACAAUGGAGGAGGAGGAGGAGGAGGAGGAGGAGGAAGUGCCAUGGCCGUGGACAGCGGCGGCGGAGGCGUGUCCGUGAAGGAGGAGGUCGGUGGGGACGGCGGAAUGGUGUUCACGUCUACCACCGAGUUCACCAGCCGACUGGAGGCGACCCUUGAGGAGCGCAAGCGCGACAGCAUCAAGGCAGCCGAGAGGACGAGGGUGAAAGAGGAGCUAGAGGCCAAGAAGGCGAAGCAGGGCAAGCAACACGGAAAAGACGACGCGAUGGACGUUGACACGGUCAAGGGGGAAGGCGACGUCAAGAAGGAGGCGGAGGAUGAAGCUGCCAAGACGAAGGCCAAGCGAUCGAGAUGGACGACGAAGAAAGAGAACGGGGACGACGAGGAGGAAGAGCCAGAUGCGGACGAAAUAGAGGCAAUGUUGGAACGAGCGGAGGAAGACAGCGAUGACGACGAACAGAUGGGUUUCUUGCACAAGCAGCCCCUGGCGAAGAACGGCAUGGCAGCGACUCUCGCCCUCCUCAGGCCUUCGGGUGUCCUCAAUGAAAAGUUCCACCGAUCCGGGCGAGCGAAGGACGCUAGAAAGCACCACGGGGAGGCGGAAGAGACCCGCGAGGACCGAGAGUCGGGCGCCAAGCUGGAAUACCGCGACGAGUGGGGUAGGGAGAUCACCAGAAAGGAAGCGUUCCGCAACCUCUGCUACAAGUUCCACGGGUACGGUUCCGGCAAGAAGAAGCAGGAGAAGCGUCUCAAGCUGGUGGAGGAAGAGAAGAAGAAGGAACGAGCCAUGGACCUACAACGGCUCAAGACGCUGCAGCAAACCCAGGAGAUUACCAAGCAGGCGUUCGUCGUGGUGCAAGGGGGUUCCCACGUGGGCGCGGCGCUGCCCCCCCCCCCUCCCGGCCUGGAGCUGAAGAAGAAAAAAGGCCCAGGAACAGGCCAAGGCGGCCAAGAUGAAGAGCGGGACGAACGCCGGGGCCGGGAUGAAGCCCAGAGGAAGGCGAAACAAGAGAAUUCUUUGUUUUUGGAUUUGAUGCGACGACUACGUCGCCGGGUGCCGCCGCCUUUGUUGCUUGGACACUGUGUAAGAGUAGGCGCGAUCGCUGGAGUUUGUCGCAGGACGGGUAUGUGUGUUUUGACCUUUGGUCCUCGUGUUUUCCUUAUGCAGCAGCAAGCGAUCGCUAAAGCUUGA